AUGAGUCUUCCUAGAAUGGUUGGACCUCUGACCAAACUCCCGAAUCAUUUGGCCAUCACUCCAGGUGUUGAUGUUAACGGCGUUUGGGUUGCUGCUGCCAACCAUCUUGUCACAGGGGACCUCAAAACCUUCUCCACAAUCGCAAAUGUGUCGUCAGUCCGUCUGCCAGGAUACUGGAUACACAAGAACGGGACCUCCAUUAAGGUUGCCUCUCCUCCUUUGCCUGGAGAGAAGGUUAUAUACCAACUCCAUGGAGGAGCAUACGUUCGCCUUUCAGCGCACCCAACAGAUCCUACCGCAAAUAUUUCCAAAGGCUAUGUUAAACAUAUCGACUCUGUGAAUCGUGUCUUUUCCAUCGAAUACCGCCUGGCAUCCUCUAAACCCUAUACCGUUGCGUUUCCCUUCCCAACGCAACUCUUGGAUGCUCUUGCUGGAUACAACUAUCUUGUAAACGUUGUCGGAUUCUCCCCUGAGAACAUCAUUCUCUCUGGUGACUCAGCUGGUGGCAACCUCGCAUACGCUCUCACCCGAUACCUCACAGAAUAUCAAAAUUCCACCGAUGUAAAACUUCCUGCUGCACCCAGUGCCCUUAUUCUCCUCUCUCCCUGGUUGGAUCUCGGAACAACUACCCAAUCAAUCCCAAAUGGAUCGGCAACAAGAUUUGUCUCCUCGGAUUACAUUGCACCUGAAAGUGGGGCAGACUAUGCCAAAAUCUCAUUCUGCGGACCACAUGGACUUGGGGCGGCGGAAAUUAACCCCUACAUAUCUCCAGCAUCUCUGCACCCUAAUCUAGUCGUCGACUUCAAGAAAUUCCCGCGAACAUUCAUCGUUGCUGGAGGCGCAGAAGUCCUUUAUGACUCCAUAAAUAUUUUCAAGGACCGUAUGAUCAAGGACCUCGGCGAAGGAAACGGUGUUGAGCCAGGAGAAGGGAAAGUUCGGUACUUCGAGGCCCCUGACGGCGUUCACGACUACCUUGUAUUCUCAUGGCAUGAACCUGAACGCACCGAUACCCUAAACGAGAUCAAUAGAUGGGUUGCGGCAUCGCAAUGA